UAGAACUAUCCAGUAGGUCGGGCCUGCCUAGGAGCAAACGAAGCCCCUGAGAGCUCCACCUAGUUCACAGGAUAAAAUCCCACAGCAGAACCCGGGAGUCAGCAAUGGCUAAACCCCAGGUGGUUGUAGCACCUGUAUUAACGUCUAAGCUGUCUGUGAAUGCCCCUGAAUUUUUUCCGUCAGGUUAUUCUUCCAAUUACACAGAAUCCUAUGAGGAUGGUUGUGAGGAUUAUCCCACUUUAUCUGAAUAUGUUCAGGAUUUUUUGAAUCAUCUCACAGAGCAGCCUGGCAGUUUUGAAACUGAAAUUGAACAGUUUGAGGAGACCCUGAAUGGUUGGGUUACAACAGAUGAUGCUUUGCAAGAACUUGUGGAACUCAUAUAUCAACAGGCCAUGUCUAUACCGAAUUUCUCUUAUAUGGCAGUUCGCCUGUGUAAUUACCUGUCCCAUCAUCUGACAAUUAGCCCACAGUGCAACUUUCGCCAGUUGCUACUUAAAAGAUAUCGGACUGAAUAUGAAGUUAAAGAUCAAGCUGCAAAAGGGGAUGAAGUUACUCGAAAACGAUUUCAUGCAUUUCUACUCUUUCUGGGAGAGCUUUGUCUUAACCUGGAGAUCAAGGGAACAAACGGACAGGUUAUGAGAGCAGAUAUUCUUCAGCUUGGUCUUCGAGAACUGCUGAAUGCCCUCUUUUCUAAUCCUAUGGGUGACAAUUUAAUUUGUGCAGUAAAAUUAUUGAAGUUGACAGGAUCAGUUUUGGAAGAUGCUUGGAAGGAAAAAGGAAAGAUGGAUAUGGAAGAAAUUAUUCAGAGAAUUGGAAACAUUGUCCUAGAUGCAAACUUCAGUAGAGAUGUAAAACAGAUGCUCUUGAAGCCUGUGGAACUCUGGUCAAGUAACUGGGGUAGGGUCCAUGCAACUUCAACAUACAGAGAAGCAACACCAGAAAAUGAUCUUAACUGCUUUAUGAAUGAACCAACAUUUUAUAGAUCUGAUGGUGUUCCUUUCACUGAAGCUGAUCCAGAUUAUCAAGAGAAAUAUCAAGAGUUACUUGAAAGAGAGGACUUUUUUCCAGAUUACGAACAAAAUGGAACAGAUUUAUCAGGAGCUGGUGAUCCGUACUUGGAUGAUAUUGAUGAUGAGAUGGACCCAGAGAUAGAAGAAGCUUAUGAAAAGUUUUGUUUGGAAUCAGAGCAUAAGUGAAAACAGUAAAGUUAAAUUUCAGCAUAUCAGUUUUAUAAAGCAGUUGAGGUAUGGUGAUUUAGCAGAACACAGGAAAGCAAGAAAAUGUGUCAUACUUAUACCAAAUUAAGAAUGUUGAGUUAUAUUACUAAUAUAUGCAACUUUAAUUUUGUUUAACACUAUCUGCCAAAAUAAACUUUAUUCCCUAUAACUUAAAAUGUAUAUAUAUAUAUAUAUAUAUAUAAUAGUUUAUUAUGUACAGUUAAUUCUACUGUUUUGGCUGCAAUAAAGUUGAUUUUGAAAUAAAUGAAAUGUUGAAAAUUUUGCUAGUUGAUUAGAUGCUUAUCCUUUAAAUUCUACUUUUCUUGAGGGGAAAAAGUCUUAGUCUGGAAAUACAUAUUACCGCAGAAAUGUAGCAUCCUUUUUUAGGUAGGAGUAUUAUAGCUUUCAUUUUAGUUUGAGGUUUAGUGUCCCAAUGAAUUGAAUUUCAAAUAUGAAUCACAAUCUUGAAAAUCUUUAGCACUAAAGUCUUGGAAUAUAUCAUUAACAACUGACAUAUAUGCAGAUGCUAUUUGAUACCAAGGGCUUUUUAAAUGUCAUGGGGGAAGAAAAACGACUUGGUGAACUCCAGCUAAACAACCAAGACUUCGCUGAAGAUUUAUUUCAAUUCUAGAAUUGUUCUUUUUUUUUUUUUUUUCAAUUGA